AAGUCUGCUGGGUCUCUCUUUCAGAGUAUAUUAUCUACUGCUCACUCGCGCUAAACCUGUCAAAAGUGCAGCAUUCACUCUGCUGCUGAGUCACUGCGGCUCUCACCCGCCUCCGCCUCAACACUUCCGGUUCCGCUUCUUCUUCUUCUACUGCUUCUCGGCCGCCGCCUCCCGUGAUGGAGUGUGACGCGCUGGUGUUCGAGGGCAAUAAAAACAAUCAUUUCUCAUCUAUGUCUAAAUCCUAUUAUAAAAACGUGUUUUUAUGGUAAGUUUCGGUGUCCGACUUUGUAACUUUAGUUAAGCACCCGGAAGCACAAAAGCGCCGUAAAACGCCGAUAAACCCCGCAAACCCGCGCGGCCGGCGACCGCUGCACAUGUACCGAGUCUGACGGCAGACUGCGACGGAACCGAGAUGCCGAGCAAAAAGAAGAAAUACAACGCCAGAUUCCCCCCGGCCAGAAUUAAGAAGAUCAUGCAGACGGAUGAAGAAAUCGGCAAAGUCGCCGCCGCAGUCCCUGUCAUCAUCUCUCGUGCUCUGGAGCUGUUCCUGGAGUCUCUCCUGACCAAAGCGUGUCACGUCACACAGUCACGCAAUGCCAAAACCAUGACCACCUCACACCUGAAGCAGUGCAUUGAGCUGGAACAGCAGUUUGACUUCCUCAAGGAUCUGGUGGCAGCGGUUCCUGACAUGCAGGGCGAGGGAGAGGAGAACCACACGGAGGGAGAGAAGGUCCCGCGCAGAGGUCGUAAGCCCGGCUCAGGACGUAAGAACGGCGGUGCUGGAGCCAAAGGCAAAGACAAGAAACUCUCAGGCACCGAAUCGGAGCAAGAGGAUGAUUCAGAGGACAGUGAGACGGACGGAGAGGAGGACGAGGACGUGUCUCACACCAGCACAAACACAGCACAGCCUGCAGCUUUCUUCCACAGAGCGGGCUCUCCGCAGGCGUCUCUGAUGGCUCUGCUCCCAGCCGGUUCUCUGCCGCUCCGGACCGAACACGAGGACGAGGACGAGGAGGACUACGACUCCUAGCUGCGCCGCUCUCCUGCUCUUCUCCCACAGAUCCUCCACCACACACACCUUCUAGGUUUUUUAAUCUUAUUUUAUUGAGUCGGCCUUUCUUUUCCUCGUCUUUUUCUUUGGAUGAACGGCCCCGGAAGCGAGAGCGUGUGGAUCCAUCCCGUGUAUUCUUGCACUUUCCUUUGGUUCUUCUCCGUCUUCGGUCACGUUUUAAGAGCAUAUAUGAGGAGGUCCAGCAGAUGUUUUGGUUGGUUUUAGCAGCAGAUGCUCCUUCAGUUGUUUUGUAAGGGAAACGCAGAGCGGACAGUUCUGCUCUUUUGCUUUUGUGACUCAUGUUUCUGGUUUUUGUCCUUUUUAAGCUAGUUUUACGAUUAAAGCUUCUGUCUUGCAGCGAUUAAACUGUCUAGCGGCACUUUCAUGCAGUUUUGAACUCAUUCUGUUGCAGGUCGUUCAUCGGAUGUGAAUGCGUGGAUUUGGUUUGAGAGCGCUUUAAUUGUUUCAGACACUCUCUGUUCAUUUCCCCGGACGAUGCACAUUUGUAUGGAUGACUUCCCCUUUGUUUUAUAUCUUUUAGACUCUUUUAAUGUUUGCUGUGAAGCUGGAGAGAGUCACGUGACUUCUCUCGUCUGUUCGCUUUUAACGUUCUCUUGAUUUUGUAUGAGUGAAAUAAACUUUGAGGUUUCAGUAA